AUGGCUAUAAAUGUGCAGCUUAAAGCUGCUGGAUUUGUUUCAUUGCUUAUAACUGGGAUUCCUGCCAAUGUUUUACUUAUGUUUAGCUUUGCCCACAUUGCAUUUUCAGAGAAAAGACUCUUACCAGCCAAUGUUAUUAGGAUGUCACUAUCAGUUGCUAAUCUCUUUGUUCUGAUUUCUCGUGUAGUACCACAUGCCUUAUACUCUUUAGGGUUAAAACAUUUGCUUAACGACCAACAGUGCAAGCUAUUUAUAUUUGCUUUCAGAGUAAGCAGAGCCAUGUCCAUUUGUAUAACCAGUUUUCUAAGCUGUCACCAGUGUGUAAUUAUUGCUCCAGCCACAGGAAAAUGGAAAUACCUAAAACAAAUGGGCAGUCGUUAUGUACCAAAAAUAAUUGCAUUAUUUUUGGCUAUGAAUAUGGCAAUUUACCAUUCUGGAAUCUUGUAUGGACGAGCAACAAUCAAUGAAACAUCACCUUACACACUGCACUUAUCAUAUUGUGAUGUUGCUUUCCUCAGUUAUGGAAUAUACAUCAUAAUUGGCUUGUUAUCUGCAGUACGAGAGAUUAUAUUUGUUGGACUGAUGAUUCUUUCUAGCAUGUACAUGGUAUAUGUUCUCUUCCAUCAUGGGAAAUCAAUGAAGGGAAUGCGCAGUUCUGAUAAGGGCCAAAGCAAAACAGUUGAAUACAAGGCUUCACGAGCUGUCAUCUUGUUGGUUACAAUGUACAUGGCCUUGUUUGGUAUGGAUAACUCAAUGUGGAUCUACACUCUGACCAUGUCCAAUGUGGAUCCAGAUGUAAGUGAUACUAGAUUGUUCCUUGCUGCAUCCUUCGCCGUCCUGAGUCCUAUUCAUAUUUUUGUAACCACUCCUAAAUUAAACUUUUUGUUUAAAAAUCCAUGCAGAAAGAAAUCUAUUGGAUUACAGAAUAAUUCCACUUGA